AUGAUUGUUUUGCGAUAUUUAGCUGGUCUAUUCAAUCGUGCCCAAGUACGUCUGUUUCAAUUUUCUGAUAAAUCAACAAUUUGGAGAUAUGGAUCAUUACUAGUAAAAAAUAAUCAUCGUGCUGUAAUUAUCCGAACAGGCUUGGUCAAUGAAUCAUUUUAUGGUGUAACUUAUGAUAUUUCCUUUCCGUGCCCGGAUUGUGUAGAACAGAAAUCCAGUGAACCAUGGCAAUUUUCUUCGACACUCGUUCGUCGUGCAAUUGAACUUAAUUCACCAUCUAUUCAAUGUCACCGUUUGUUUCAUAUUGCAUCAGUAACUGAUUUACAAGCUGUCAUCCCACCAGAUAGCAAAAGUAAUUAUGACCUUCACUUAGAACAGAGUGUUCGCGAUUUAAAAGCCUAUAAACAAAACAUCGCUGUUGAUGUUGUUUUUCUCUAUCCACCUGAUAACGUACCAUCGGAUUCAGAAAAACUAACUAAAAUUGAUCCAAGACAAAUAAAAGACGAUUUAGCAAAACAUGGUUUAAAAGUUUGGAGUCCAGAUUCAAUGUGUGAAUUUAAAAUUGAAAAUCAUUUUCUCAUUAUUAAAGAAGCACGUUUUAUUCUAUUUGGUAUUUCGAGUGAAUUAGUUCUAAAUGAAAGUAAUAAAAAUUUGUAUGAUGCAUAUCAAACAAUACAAAAUUUUCUUCGAAAACCCAUAAUACCUAUCUUAUUUGGUAUGGAUAAAAGAUGGCAAGAAACACCACUUGGUAUCGCAAUGACAGACGUUCUGUACAUUAAAAUGCAAGAGAAAAAACGUUAUGAAUUAAAAAUGCAAGAAAUAAUUGAACGCCUUCAACACGACAAAACAAAAAAUGAAUUUGAAAGAUUAAGAGAUCAACCAACAGAUGUUUUUAUUAGUUAUUGUUGGACUAAUAGUUAUGAUGCAGUUUCUAAAGGCACUAAAUCGACUUCAACAUCACUGGGAUGGGGUGAUCCACGAACGUUAAAAGACUUUCUAGAACAACGUGACUUAUCUGUAUGGAUGGAUAUAACUCGCUUAGGAAAAUCAGGUGUACUUCAUGAUAUUGUUCAAGGAUUAAAAAAGACAAAAGUUGUUAUUGCAUGCGUCUCAGAUGAAUAUACAGAUUCAGAUACGUGUAAAAAUGAAUUUUUAUUUGCUAAAAAUACUUUACGACUACCGGUUAUUCUGGCUGUAUUUGGACUAGGAGAUAAAUGGAGGUAAAACGAGAGAUUUAUCUACAAGUAUAGAAACACAAAAUAUUUCUUUCUCUGUAACAGUGCCGCGUUGAGCAUCUGCGAACUAAAAAUCAAUAUAGAGUUUCAUCGUGUGGUCGAGAAUAAUUGGAAGAAAGAGAAAACUUACCUCAAUUGUUUGAAUUUCCUGAGCGGUUCUUUCUUCUUUCCCAACAAAAUCCAAUGCAAAUAACCUCGGAAAUGGUCGAACACUCAUCGAUUCAGCCAUAUUCAUUGUUAAACGAAGAAAUUUUCUCUGAGUCAAUUCGAACAGCUCCUUAAAGCGCAAAAAAAAGAACAGUUCUUAUUUCAUCAUUUGUCGAUAUUCUACCUUACUUGAUAUGCGGUUGUCGUAUU